AUGUCUGGGAUAGAGAUAGCGGCCCUCGUUCUUGGGGCUCUCCCCGUAGCGAUAAAUGUCCUCCAGACUUACAAAACCAUCAUCUCGACCAAAAAAGCUAGAUGCGACCUCGAUGCUCUCGGACAGGAACUGCAAACAGAGCAACUCCUGCUUCAGAACGUAUUUGAACAAACUCGCUGCUUUACUCUCAAGAAGAACGACUUCGACAGCAUCCUGAGAAGGCUGAAAGACGGGAAUUCGGUUCUUCAGGGCCUUGCCCGUCAGAGCUUUGAUCUUGAGCCCGAUAGGCGCCUCCGUUCACAGACACGGCUUAUGACUCCUGCGAGCAAAAUGUCGUCCAGCAUUUUUGAAGGCCUACAAAUCGCGAUAACAUGCCGCUGUGCUCAGUCCCGCCACGUUGCUCUGGAGCUUGUCUCCAGAACUGCCGUGCUCGUACCCAGCGAUGUGGACGAUUGA